GGCGGGCGGAGCCUCCCCGCCGCUCGCCCCUCCGCCCGGCCGCUGCGGCAGUGUCUCGGAGGCGGGCAGGCGGCCGGUCCCUCCGGUCCCCCGGCAGCAUCCCGGCCCCGCCAUGGCUGGCGUCGGCUUCGCGGCGCACCGCCUGGAGCUGCUCGCCUCCUACCAGGACGUGAUCGGCGAGGACAGCCCCACCGACUGGGCCCUCUACACAUACGAGGAUGGCUCUGAUGACCUGAAGCUGGCAGCAUCAGGAGGUGGAGGUUUGCUGGAGCUUUCUGGCCACUUUGAGAUUCAGAAGGUCAUGUAUGGCUUCUGCAGCGUCAAGGACCCCCAGGCCGUGCUCCCCAAAUAUGUCCUCGUCAACUGGGUGGGUGAGGACGUGCCGGACGCCCGCAAAUGCGCCUGUGCCAGCCACGUAGCCAAGAUUGCCGAGUUCUUCCAGGGUGUCGAUGUCAUUGUCAAUGCCAGCAGCGUGGAGGACAUUGACCCCGGGGCCAUCGGGCAGCGGCUCUCCAACGGGCUGGCCCGUGUCUCCAGCCCGGUGCUGCACCGCCUGCGGCUGCGCGAGGACGAGAACGCCGAGCCCGUGGGCACCACUUACCAGAAAACCGACGCCACCGUGGAGAUGAAGCGGCUGAACCGGGAGCAGUUCUGGGAGCAGGCAAAGAAAGAGGAGGAAUUGCGUAAAGAGGAAGAGCGGAAAAAGGCCCUGGAUGCCCGGCUGCGGUUCGAACAGGAGCGGAUGGAGCAGGAACGGCUGGAGCAGGAGGAGCGGGAACGGCGCUACCGGGAGCGCGAGGAGCAGAUCGAGGAGCACAGGAGGAAGCAGCAGAGCUUGGAGGCGGAGGAGGCCCGGCAGCGCCUGAAGGAGCAGUCCAUCUUUGGGGACCAGCAAGACGAGGACGACAGGCAGCAGUUUAGGAAAUCGGAGUCAGAGGUGGAGGAGGCUGCUGCCAUCAUUGCUCAGCGGCCUGACAACCCCCGGGACUUCUUCAAGCAGCAGGAGCGGGUGGCAUCGGGCAGCAGUGAUGCUGUGUCACCAGGCAGCCACAGGACAGGCAGCCAGUCGGACGCUUUCCGCAAGGCCUCGGCCGCGGGCUGCAGCCCCUGCGAGCCCAGCCCGGCCGCCUCGCCCCCGGGCCCCCGAGCGCCCGCGGAACCGACGCCGGCAACGCCCAAAGAGUCCCCCAGCCCCAGCGCACAGGAGCCCGGGCCGGCCACGCCCGAGCAGCACUGGCCCUUCCCGGGGCCCGAGGACAAGGCCAUCGAGCCCCCCGGGGAUGAGCCCAGCCCCAGACCAGUGUGGACAGAGGGGGGUGAUGCCCUGGGGGACCUGGUGACCCUGGAGCCCACCGAGCCCUCCCUGCCACCCGUGGCUGACGAGCCCCAAACUGAGGAAGCCCCCGAAGCCCCCAACCCUGAGAGCCUCAUCGACCUGUGGCAGAGCGAGAGCGACGGGGUGACUCCCCCAGCUGCCUGGCCCCUGCCUGCUGCCCCUGUCCCCGAGACACCCCCGGCCAUGCUGCCCGAGGAGGGGGCCCUGCUGAGCCUGGAUGAGCUGCCGGAGCCUCCUGCCACCUUCUGCGACGCGGAGCAGGAGGAGGAGGAUGAGGAAGAGGCAGCUGGCGAGGGGGACCCCCAGUCCCAGGAUCUGGGCUGCCAGCACACGCCCCAGGAAGAUGCCCAGGAAGACACCCCGGGCCGAGAGACGCCCCCCAUCACCAAUGGGGAGAUGGCCCCCAAGGAUGGGACACCGGGUCGUGGGGAGCAGGCCAGCGAGGGCUACUUCAGCCAGUCCCAGGAGGAGGAGGUGCCCCCCACCGAGGAGCUGUCGGCCAAAGCCCCCCAGCCCGUCUUCUACAACAAGCCCCCAGAGAUCGACAUCACGUGCUGGGACGCAGACCCUCUGCCCGAGGAAGAGGAGAGCUUUGGGGGGGCCCUGUGAGGCCGGGCCCCGCUGCCGGCACAGGCAGCCCGCCCCCGGCGGGGCACGGGGGGGCUGCAGCCGGGGGCCGGGCCCCCCUCACCCCUCGGGGGCCCCGCAGGAUGAGGCCUCCAGGUGGCGGCCACCCCGCUGCAGCCCCGCCCCGGGGCACCUUUUACAGCCCCCCCUUGUCCCCCUCUCUUUUUUAAGUUGUCGGUAGGAGCCGUGUCAGCCCCCCAGCCCUCCCUUAGCAGCCCCCCCCCGAUAUCCCAGCGCCCCUUUUGGGGGGGACGACACACGCUCGCAUCCCCUGCCCGGCUGUGGGACAGGGUCCUCGUUCUCUUCGUGCCCCCCCGGGAGCCCCCCCAGUACUUUGCACGAGUUCAAAGAAAAAAAGAAAAAAAAGAAAUAAUAAUAAUAAUAAUAAAUGAAUAUGGCAAUAAAGUGACCUGAGCGAGGCAAGGCUGCGGCCAGCGGCGUCCCCCCCACCCCAAACCCCGGCAGGGAGCUGAUGUGGGGGCUUUUACCCCUUCCCCACUCCUUCUUUGCUGGGAGCCCCGUCCUCCCCUGCUUGGCCCCUGCUUGGCCCCUCUCCCCCCAUUCCCCCCGGAAACUUUUUGGAAAGCACAAGUUCUGUACCGGCGGUGUGCUCAUGUCUGUUAAUAAAUAAAGCGUCUCCCACGGGG